AUGGUGGGACUGGUGCUGCAACCGGAGCCGCUGCUAGGAGAACAUGGCGGGGGAGUGAGGAGAGCCGCCAGCAGCUCCCGGUGUUGUUACCCGGGCGCGACCCGCCCACUUCCGCCUCCGCGCCAACCGCCGUGCGCUGACGACGCCAGCACCGCCCCUCCCCGCCGCACCCCGCCAAUCGCGGUGGAGCGGCGGCCUCCCUGCCCUCGCUCCAGCCAAUCGGAAGCGACACAAACACUCAGGGCCACGCCCCCUAGGGGCCGCCCUAUCCGGGUGGACACGCCCCCGGUCUCUAAGUCACGGGCUCGCAGUGCGCGGUGGGCGGGCGGUUCCCACUGGCCAAUCGGGAUCCGCACUAACAAUCGAGGGCACACCCCCGGGGGCCCCGCAGCCAAUCGCGGGAGACGUAAACAGGCGUCGGCGCGCCCCCCGGUGGGCGGUGACGGCGGGCGGGCAGCGUCGUUCGCCAUGGAGGAGCCGGGCUCGGCCGCCGCGCCGCCGGAGGGGCGGGACGAGCGGAGCUUGGAGGCGCUCAGCCUGGCUAGCGGCGGCGGGGCGGCGGCGGCGGCGGCGGUGGGCCGGCAGCCGCCGGAGGGGCGGCGGGCGACGCUGGCGAGCGCCCUGGAACUGGAGGGGACGGUGCUGCGCGAGGGGCGCCUCACCCAGUUCGUAGCGAACAACCUGGAGCGGCGGAUCCGGCUGAGCGGCGCCCCGCGGGGCGAGCCUCCAGCGGGGAGCAGCGGGUCCUCCAUCCCUGCCAUCGACCCCGGGGCGCUGCAGGACGUGGUGGCCCUGGCCGGGCAGGUGGCGGCGCAGGUGGACGAGCUGCUGCGGAACGUGCACUGCGGGCUGCAGGCGCUGACGGCGCUCAGCGUCGGCUGCAUCCAGACCUACCGCGACGGCGUGGAGAGCCUGGGCGAGGCGGCCGACCUCAGCAUCCGCGCCAUGUACGCACUGGUGGCGCGCUGCGAGGAGCUGGACCGCGCCAUGCAGCCCGUGCCCGCCCUGGCCAAGCGCAUCCGUGACAUGAAGGGCACGCUGGAGCGGCUGGAGGGGCUCUGCAAGUAGCUGCUCCCUCCGCCGCCCCUCCCGUGCCGGCAGCAGGGGCCUGGGGCUGCUGCGCUCUCGCUCCGGCGGCCCCGCGCUCUCGGCGUCCGCAGAUCCCACCUGCACAUCCUCGCCCGCUCUCCCCCGUGCGUGACUUGCCGGCACCAGUGGCCAGAUCGCCUGUGUUGAUCUGCACGAAGGGGAAUUUUUGCGACCGACGAAAGAAAAGGUCCCGGUUGAAAACGGCGGGGUAAAUGGCAGAUGGUGCUUUUUAGCUUCAGCUCCAUUAAAGAAUUUGGACUCCACAUGCCUUACGCUUUCUAUUUAUUGAGGGCUAAGAGAAACUAACGAGUCUUAAUUAAAAGUAGCUUAAAUCAAAUUCAAAAUUCUUGUGAGUACCUGCUUGAUGCUUACAGGCAUACGUGCUUAUUUGUAGUUUAUUGGUGCCUGAAGAAUAAUUCUCACCUAUGCUGUUACAGCAAAUAAAUUCACAGAACACCACUGUUUCUUACAGUUUCAAAAAAAGAGUAAGUUUAAUACAUAUAGCAGAAACACUUGUUUUCUGAGAAGAGUAUAAAGUCCAUGGAAGAUAAUUGAGGUUCAGAUAAGAACAAAUCCAUAAGCAAAGUUCUAAAUAAAAGCCUUCAGAUGAAAUGUACUUUGCCUCUAUUAAUCUUUACAAUUUUCACAGUGUAAAAAUUUAAAUGGCAUCACUGUGAAAUGAUCCUGUUAUUUUGUAGUUUGUUUUUUUGUUGUUGGUUUGUGUUUUGGUUUUUUUUGUAUGUUUGUUUUUUUUGGUUUUUUUUUCUUUCCAGAUGGGAAAAUAUCUAAUUACAUGAGGAAUACAAGUACGUGCUGACAUUACGUGGGUGUAUGACUGACAUAAAAUGACUGCUUUGGAAUAAUUUAUUUGUAUAACUUGAAGCUUUUGUAUAUACAUCACAGUGUGCAGAAAUGAUUCUGCUAUAUCAGUGAGUGUUUCUUUUGAGAGCUGAGAGUAGCUGAAUUCUCUACUCACUAAUGUUCCUAUGUAAAAAGCCUCUUAGAUGAUGGUCUUAGCAAUGCAUUUAGGUCACAAAUGUCCCUGUACAAGAUUUCAGCAGAAAAAUGAUUACUGUGAUCUUAUGUAAAUGUAAUAGUGGUUUUGGUGACCAGUGGCUCCUAAAAACUUUAGAAUGAAGGUAGCCAGAAAUACUGUUAAUUCCUGUAUCUGUAGCUGAUCUUGUUAAAAACACCGAGGGAUGGACGCUGUGAUACCCUGUCCUUGUGCAUGAAGACAAUACUGAAUUAUAACAAAAUCAUUCAGGUUAAUGCCACUCUGGUUUGCAUGAUGCCAGUGUCUGGCCUGUUCUGAGCCCCUUGGCAGAGCCAUGCCUUUCCCUUGGCACAGGGGUGUGUUUCCAUGUGGCCUUGUAGCCAUAGCAAUGGGACAAGACUGGAAUUGGGCUGUGCCAAAGUAGGGCUCUCUCUGGUGCUGUCUGCUGGGAGUAGCUGUGGCUCCAGGGGUGGGAACAGAGGCCUUUGCUGCUGCAUCCCAUGGGCCUAGAAGACACUAAAGAUUGCUUAACACCACAGCAACAGCUGCACUUGUAAUAGUUUCGUUAUUCCUGGGAAAGUUUGAACUCGUCUAUUAUGCAGAUGCAGUAGUUUUGCUAAGUGUGUUUGGUAUACGCCAAGAGUGAACACCAAAGGUUGAUCUUGCGCAAUUUGUGAGUACUGUUGAAAUGUACAGGAAAGACCUGCAAGCUUAUUUGUGUAGUCACAUAUGUACAGCUACUCUUCACUCACACAAGCUAGGGUAAAGCCUUUAAGGCAUUUCAGUACACUCCUGGGUUUUUAUACUGUUUAAUUUGCAGUCAUCUUCAUUCAAUACUAAUUCCCUACUAAAAUUGUUGAGUCUGUAGAAUAAAGUUAUUACUUUUAUGUUUUUAA